AACUGCCAAUUUUGCACGUAGACACUGGAGUUUUCGAGUAAUGUAUUGUGCAGCAAACAGCGGAGGGCUGCUUUUUAAGCGUCCGCGAUGUGAUCCAGCGUUAGAUUUUACGAGGGACUGGAAGAGAGCAGUUGGGGCUACUGAAAUUCUGCUGUUUUUUGUGAGAUUUCUGUAUCUUACGAAAUGUGCAGGCCCAAGUUUCUCCAGCCCAACGGAGCUGGUGGGGUGAUCGCUGGGCAGGGGGCGAAUGGAAGCGUGCAGCCGCUGCAGAAUCUGCAGCAAAUCCGCCAAUUUUCUGGGGACCAGAGUCUUAAUUGCUCGCCCCCGCCUCCGACGUCCCCAGAAUUUGAUCGGCAGUUUUCAACCAGUCGAGGAUUUCUGUCAAAAUCUCUCUCGGUUGCCGAAAGCAGGGAAAGCAGAAGAUCGUGGGGGAGAAGCACUCGUGCGCGCAGCCCAUCACCAUCCUCGAGAAGUGAUACCCUACCGAGGAAAGCAUCGCCGAGCCCCAUUAGAAGUGUCGCUCCCCAGGUUCAGAGUCAGUCACAGUCGGAAGUUGAUGUGACCUCUCUACAGAGGGGAGUUGCCUCGUGUGCCGGAACGGUCUUCAUGUCUAUUUUCAUGACUCCACUUGAUGUGGUCAAAGUGAGGCUUCAGGCACAGCAACAGCCUACUGAGGUCAUAAGGUCUUUUCGUCCGGUCUUUAGCAGUCAUCCCCACUCAGCCCUCAGCCUUGUUCCCUACAGAAGUUAUACUUGUAUUCCAGCAACUCACUCACAUUCCCACAUCAUCUGCCCAAGCUCUACAUCAGCCUAUAGAUUCAGUGGAACACUGGAUGCCUUUGUGAAGAUUGUGCGCAGUGAAGGCUUUUGCAGACUGUGGAGUGGCCUGACCCCGGCACUCUUGAUGCGCGUCCCAUCCAAUGUGAUCUAUUUUUCGGUCUAUGAGAAACUGAAGUCAGUGAUGGGAUUUCAGAAAGGACACACAGACAAGAACAGCUUUCUCAUCACGCUGUCUGCCAGCGGCACAGCAAGAGCUGUUUCUGUGACAACUGUCAGCCCAAUAGAGAUGAUUCGGACCAAGAUGCAGGCCGAGCCAACAUCGUAUGCCCAGCUGAUGUGUUGCCUUCGUCGAGCCAUUAUGAAUGAUGGACUGUCAUCCCUGUGGAGGGGUCUGGGCCCCAUGCUAAGCCGUGAUGUCAUGUAUGCAGUGCUAUACUGGACUCAUUAUGAGCUGCUGAAAGCCGAGAUGUGCAAGAUAUCUAACGUCAGUGAUCCAACGGUGGCUAUGACAUUCUGGGCUGGUGCUGCAUCAGGAGUUCUGGCUGCAGUGGUGUCAACACCUUUUGAUGUUGUCAAAACGCAGAAGCAGAUCACCAUCGGGAAAAAUCCGGGCUCCACCGUCAUGCCACGGUGCAAGACCAGUAGCUUGGCCAUCAUGAGAGCUAUCUUUGCUGAAGCAGGAAUGAAAGGCUUGUUUGCAGGUACCGUCCCUCGCAUCUGCAAGGGAGCGCCAUCCAGUGCUAUACUCAUCACAACCUAUGAGUGCGUUAUCUCACUCUUCCAGAAGUACAACUUGGAAAAGGGUUACGCGUUUUACUGGCCUUACAAGGCUCUUUUCAGAGCCAUUAUGCCGCUACCCAACGAUGGGCAUGUGGGGCCAUCGAACUCCGUAGUUGCUGCCCGUGUUAGUGGAAGUAAUGAUGAUGCGGGCAGUCAUGGUGGUAGGCCUGCCAUGCUAGCCACUGGACCCUCACCGCUGCCUCCGCUUACGCCCGUCCAACAGAUGAUAUCGUCCGGAACUGGGGCUUUUCUGACUGCAUUAUUCAUGACUCCCUUGGAUGUUGUGAAGAUCCGACUGCAAAGCCAGAUAAAACCCAUUGCCAGUGGUCAGUGUUUCUUGUACUGCAAUGGUUUGAUGGAUCAUCUCUGCACGUGUAUCAAUGGAAAAGAACCGAUGAACAUGACAGUUGCUCCAUGGUAUAAAAGACCUGGCCAAUUCAAUGGAACUUUGGAUGCCUUGUUUAAAAUAGCAAAGAAUGAGGGAAUCGCUAAGCUGUGGAGUGGACUUCCUCCGACUCUGCUCAUGGCAGUACCAGCCACAGUCCUGUACUACACAAGCUACGACCAGCUGAAAGAAUUGAUGGGUUACCAGUUUGGCAAGUCUAGCUUGCUGAUACCAAUGGCUAGUGGUGGUAUAGCCAGAGUUUUUGCAGUGACUGUGAUUUCCCCAUUGGAGCUGGUACGGACCAAGAUGCAGUCAAAACCACUGACCUACAACGAGAUAGUCGGCUGCAUUAAGACAGCAGUACAGGACGAAGGCUGGUUGUCGCUGUGGCGGGGUCUGGGUCCCACACUUCUCAGGGAUGUUCCAUUCUCAAUGAUCUUGUGGGCUAACUACGAGUUCAUGAAGACCAGGGCAUGUCUGAAAUACAACCGACGAGAACCAACCUUUCCGGCAGCAUUUUUCUCUGGUGCAGUGUCCGGCAUUCUUGCAGCUGUCCUGACCAAUCCCUUUGAUGUUGUUAAGACACACCGACAGAUAGAACUUGGAGAAGCUAUGUUUAAUACCAAAAAAGACGGCAAUUACCGAGCCACAUCCACCUGGAACAUCAUGCAGAGACUGUAUGCUGAGAGGGGCCUCCGAGGCCUUUUUGCUGGUAUUUUUCCUCGCAUUGCCAAGGUCACCCCAGCUUGUGCACUGAUGAUCAGUACAUACGAGCUUGGCAAAGCGUUCUUCCACAAACGCAAUGAGGCCAUCAUAUCACAGAUAUAGUAUUCAAAAUUUGAUUUUCUGCAUCUUUGAUCGUUGAAACUGUUGGAUACAAUGGAAGGACAAUGGGGGGUCAGAAGAUUGAUUUAUCACUUUGUACAGUUCAUGGAUGGAAGUGGGGCUUACUUUGUGUUAGGCCUUGACCAUGUGCUGCUGGGGAACUUGGUUUCAGGUACCUUGGGUUUGUAGCAUAGCCAAAAUCGGACAAAAGAGCUGAGCCUUGUAACAAAAAAGUAUUUGGAACA